GGACUUUUACAUAAAACCCCCUCUUUUUUCUCUAUAUUUAUUUCACAGUCCCAAUAGAGUUCCAUGCGUCGCGGCUUUGAGUGUUUUCGGUUUCUAAUUCGCGCCAUCGGAGCACCGCCGGCUCUCUUCCUGAUGCUAUGAUAUGGCGGCGGCCGCCAGCUCCCAGCACCGUUGCGUUUUCGUCGGGAACAUACCCUAUGAUGCAACGGAGGAGCAACUUAUACAAAUUUGCGAGGAGGUUGGCCCGGUGGUCACGUUCCGAUUAGUACUUGAUAGAGAAACAGGUAAGCCAAAAGGGUAUGGAUUCUGUGAGUACAAGGAUGAAGAAACAGCUCUGAGUGCUCGGAGAAACCUCCAGGGUUAUGAGAUAAAUGGUCGGCAGUUAAGGGUUGACUUUGCUGAAAAUGAUAAAGGAUCUGAUAGAAAUAGAGAACAGGGUCGAGGUGGCCCAGGGUUGAUGCCAAACACAGAUGCCUCAAAACCGGUUUCUGGUCCCCCGCUUCCUGGGGAUCCAUCUGUCCAUCAACCUGCAGGCUUACAAUUGGCUGUUGUUGCUUCUACGGUCAUGGCUGGAGCUUUGGGUGGAUCUCAAACAACUGGUUCAUCUCUGCAGAAUGGUUCGCAAAACCAGUCUACUGCAGGAAAUGAUCCUUUGACUCAUUAUCUUGCCAAAAUGUCCAAAUUCCAAUUGAAUGAAGUUUUAUCUGAGCUGAAGACCCUUGCUACUAACAAUAAGGCGCUAGCUCAACAACUGCUGCAAGGAUAUACGCAGUUGCCAAAGGCCAUAUUUCAGGCACAAAUAAUGCUUGGGUUGGUUUCCCCACAGAUGCUUCAGAUGGUUAGACCACAGCAACCCCAACAACUAGCGUUCCAAAAUGGCAUGCAGGAUUUGAAACCUGCAGUACCAUUAUAUCCCGGGCAAACAACUUUGCAGAUUCCUUUACAAAAUGAUGGACACAGUGCAAUGUUGUUAAGACCUCCAGACACUCUGUUGUCAAAUAAUCCACAAAAUCCUAUUCCCAUCCAGCAGUCUUCACUUCCACCUCUUAGCAUGCCCACUCGACCUAGAUUUCAGCACCAAGCAUCACUCCAGGCUCCAGUUAUUUCACAGGAAGCAAUGCCAGGAUUAUCAGGAGUUGGUAAAAUUCCACCUGCACAGCCACAAUCUCUUGGUGGCCAUCCAAUUCCACCCCAAGCUUCAUCUCUGACAAGUUUUAAAGGUCUGAAAGCACCUCUUCCACCGUCAAUGGUGCGGCAAUCUAGACCUGCCCAUUUGGGGUAUCAUGCUCAGCCAGCCCUUCCAGAUACAAAUCUCCAUCAGUCGCUUCCCCCACAUGCACUAACCUCUCAGAGUAGACCAUCAAAUUAUUCGACUGUGACUGGUAGAGUAGAGAUGCUUCCAAGUGAACCUGGAACAUCUACUUCAUUUGCUCAUGAAUCAAAUUGGGUUCCUAGAGCCAACAUCUAUCCCAAUUCAGGCAUUGGCUCUAUGGAGCCAUCAGGCAUCAGAGGUGAUAUAGCAGAAUCAAUAGGUCGUCCUUUGAAACUUGCAAGAUCAGAACAUGGAAGCUUUGCACCUCCUGUGAAUUCUACAUCUGGAAGCCAAAUGCUUGGCAUGGAAGGGACACAACAAUCUGAGAAACAUACACCUCAGAUUCCACUUGAAGUGGAGUCAGCUCUUCUGCAGCAAGUGAUGAAUCUAACACCCGAGCAGCUAAGUUCACUACCUGCAGAGCAGCGUGAGCAAGUGCUUGAGCUCCAAAAGGCUAUGAGUUUGAAGUUGCUAUCAACCCGCAAUCAGUGACAACUGCAGUGACAACUGCUUUGGCUUCAGUUGACUCUUUGAAUACAAUUCAGUGGCGUUGGCGUUGGCGUUGGCUAAUUAUCACCGCCAUCAGCUGACCAAAGUCAACACGCCCACGGAUGGUAUUCUUUCAAAUCAAGCGCCCUGAUUUUUUCCUCAUCAAUCAUCUGUUCAAAGAAUUUCCCACUUCUGUGCAUUAUCUGCUGUUUAGAUAACUAAAUUUCAGAUGAAUGGACGAAGCAUGGCAGGAAUAAUUCUCAUCAUUAUUCAAUGUCAGUAAAUGCGAGACACCUUCCCCCUGCUUUCAGGCAUUCCUUGUAACAUUGUAAUAUAUAGGUUUCAAAAAGAAAAUGCAUUGUUAUCACUUAAAUUCAUGUUUGUGUCUCUGUACUGUUCUGAUUUCAUGCUUUUGUUCAUUUAACAUUCAGUGGAUAGGCAAUAAGUCUGGAGCUACAAUUCUUGUUGUAAUGGAAGCAAAUGCUCCUCAUUUCUUAUUUGGAUUAUUUCCUUUUGAAGGAAAUCAACUUUUUAAAUGAAUUACUUCUGCAUUCAACUU